AGCAGAAAAAGAAACCAUCUGUUACAUAGGAGAUGAGUUGCCCAACAGAACUGGAGGAAGAAAGUGUCUGGAAUGAGUCACUAGCUUGUUGUUUUCUGUGGGUGAAAUACCAAGCCCUCUAUCUCAUAUUAUAAACAGCACCUUUUCUUCUCUCAUUCUUUGCCUUUCAUGUGUUUUUUGCUCCAACUUUAAUUAAUUUUAAAAUGUUCAUGUGUGUGUUUUGCCUUGGAGAACUGGGCUUUUCCCUCUGAACAGAAGAUGACUCUGGCAGCUCUGAGAAGUCAAAGCCUAUCCAGGUGUUUGCUCUGGUCAGGGAUAAGGCACUCCCAGUUGGACAAAUUCCCUGACAAAUCUGCAGUGUGACCUGUGAUUUCUGCUCUGGAAACCAAAUAUCUCUUUCACGUGGCAUCAGAUUACAGGAGAGCUGAGCAUAUUGGAGACAGGUGCUGUGCAGUCAUUUUAGUUUAAAUUAUUUAAUAACAGCUUUAAGUCCCACUUGUAGUAACUGAUGACUUGCAGAGACAAUUGCCUUGGAAACAAAAGCACAGGUUUUGGAGACUCUGUAGUCAAAAAGCCAAGGUAAAGAGAUAACUGUGCUUCAUUCAAAUGGGAUCUAUACAAACCACAAACUGGUUUCCAGGAACCUUCCAAGAAUAUUUCUGCACUGAAGCCUUUGCAAUAUCUGCACCUUAUGUAGUUUCAAGUCAGCUGAGAUGUAUCAAUCAAAGCUCAUAACAGCAAUAAAAGCCACAAUAAGGGGUGUUUGCUGAGAAUUCAUUAAUGGUUGUGUCCCUUCAGUAAAAUACAAAGCAGCUUCAUUUCACUGUGAUCAUCAGACCUUAACAGUAGCUUGAUUUUUUCCAAGAUCCAUCUCUGACCAACAGAGGAUGAGCUGUCUUGUUCAAGAGAGACCAGAAUGAGAAUUCUAGCACAUAGCUAGAAAAUUGUAUUAAGCUGGCCUGAGAAAUCAUGUUGUCUUACUCAUCCUACAUCCUCAUAGCACUGGCUUCUUUGUCAGUGACUUGCCAUGCAUUGAGCAAAUGUCCAGAAAUUUCUGGGCUACCUGGUGUCCCUGGAAGGGAUGGUGUGAAAGGUCUGCCUGAUUCUCUGGCCAGCAACCACAAUGCUUUAGCAAACCUGAAACACCGACUUUUCCAACUUGAGGCUGUGCUUGCUUUGAAUGGGAAAAUAAGAAAAGUAGGAGAGAAAAUACUUGCUAGCAACGGGAAGAAAGCUGACUUUGCAUCUGCACUACAAUCCUGUGAAGAGGCUGGAGGAACUCUUGCAGCUCCCAGGAAUGAGGAGGAGAAUAAAGCCAUUAUGGACCUUGUGAAACAGUAUAACCAAUAUGCUUACUUGGGCAUUAGAAAGGAGGAGACUUCAGGUCAGGUUAAGUCUGUAAAUGGCCUGCCUCUGAGUUAUAGCAACUGGCACCAGCAUGAGCCUAAUGGCAAAGGGGAUGAGAAAUGUGUGGAGAUGUACACUGAUGGCACCUGGAAUGACAAAAAAUGCAAUAUGUACCGUCUCACAAUCUGUGAAUUCUAAAGAAUGGCCUUUCAGGCACCUCAGAGCAUGGAGAUAAUGAAGUAUCUGUUUUUCAAGUUGAUUAAAUUUCUGCAAUUUCUCUGUAUCCUAAAAUAUAAGAUGAACCAUAUUGUGAUAUUUUUUAGCCUUAGGAAAAUUCCAAAUGUACUAGGUGAUUAACAUGAUUAAAAAGUGCCUGAACUGA